UAAUCCACACCCAACUAACCAAACCAAACCAAACCCAAGUUUUAAUUCAUUGAUUCCUUUACACAAAUGGCUUCACAACAUCCAAUAUUAUUCCUUGUCUUUUUACUGAUUUCCAUGCCCUUCAUUUCAUGUCACAAUGUUUUACAAGAAGACAAUAUCAUCCAUCAUCAUGAAUAUUACAUUAAUGGUAAUAUAAUUGAUGAUUUUGAUGACGAAGUCUCUGGCUUAUAUGGUGGUGGUUCUUCUUCUCAAGCUGCUUAUCCUUCCUAUUUUAGCUCCAUUUUUGAUGAUCAAGUUUCAAGCUUUAAGAGGUUUGACAAACUGGGUUGUCCUCUAAGAGCUUGUGUCGAUGUUGAUGGCUUUGGAGCUAAGGGUGAUGGAAAAACUGAUGAUACCCAGGCAUUUGUGAAGGCGUGGAAAGCAGUUUGUUCAUCAAAAGCAGCUAUUCUUGUGGUGCCCGAGAAGACAUAUAGGCUUAGGCCCAUCACAUUCUCUGGCCCAUGCCAAUCUGAUGUUAUACUUCAGGUAUAUGGGACCAUAGAAGCUUCUGAUAACAGAGGAGACUAUACGGAAGACCCAAGACACUGGCUUGUGUUUGAUAGUGUUGAGAAUUUACUUGUUCAAGGUGGUGGAACAAUCAAUGGCAAUGGCAAUAUAUGGUGGCAAAAUUCCUGCAAAAUCAACAAAUCUCUUCCUUGCAAGGAUGCUCCGACGGCUCUCACAUUCCACAAAUGCAAGAACUUGAUGGUGAGGAGCCUGAAAAUCCAGGAUGCUCAACAAAUCCAUGUCUCUUUCCAAGGUAGCAUCAAUGUCCAAGCUUCAAAUCUUUUUGUAACUGCACCUAAAGAAAGCCCCAAUACUGAUGGAAUCCAUGUCACUGAGACCCAGAACAUCCAGAUCACAAGCUCUGUCAUAGGAACAGGUGAUGAUUGUAUAUCCAUUGCUAAUGGGUCCCAAAAUGUGUUAGCUCAGGACAUCACCUGUGGACCAGGUCAUGGAAUCAGCAUUGGAAGCUUAGGGUCUGGGAGUUCAGAAGCGUAUGUUUCAGGCGUAACAGUGAUUGGAGCUAAGUUUUCUGGCACCACCAAUGGAGUCAGGAUCAAGACAUGGCAGGGAGGCUCUGGAAGUGCAAGCAACAUCGAGUUUAAAAACAUUUCAAUGUACAAUGUCACCAACCCAAUCAUAAUUGACCAAAACUACUGUGCCCAACACAAACCUUGCAAACAACAGAAAUCAGCAGUACAAAUUGAGAAUGUGAUGUACCAGAACAUUAAAGGGACUAGUGCUUCUGAUGUGGCAAUCAAUUUUGACUGCAGCGAGAGCUUUCCAUGUCAAGGGAUUGUGUUGGAAGAUAUAAGCUUAGUAAGGCAAGGAGGGAAAGCAGCAGAAGCUGUAUGCAACAAUGUUAACUUGGCUGAAUUUGGAGUGGUGUCCCCACAAUGCCCUUGAAAGUAUACAAAGAACAUGACUACCAGUUGCAGAUACAUAACUACAGAAGAGAUUAGACAAUUAUUAUUUGUUAAUUGGUGUAUAUAUAUACACACAUACAACGAAGGGUUGCAUUUGUAAGAAAACAAGGUUGUAUGAUCAGGCAAUAUAUAAAAAAGAUUUGAAUAAAACUUUCAUGUGA